UUUUGCCUUUCAGACUGACUAGCAUUUUGGGUAAUGCCUGCACAAUUGUGGAAUGUUUGUUUUACCUGCAGUCUCCUCGUGAACCCACCAGGAGGAUAAUCGGUUCCAAACACAAGAUGUCAGAAACCCAUUCAAUUCUAUCUAAUAUUUUUAAAAGGGGCAGACUGACCUCUCCUGGAAAUAGUGCAAGAUACUGCAGUUUUAAAGAUUCAUGCUCUCCUUCCAUAUUUCAUGACAGUGGGUACAAUGAAUCAAUCAAGAACCCAAGUUUUUAUUAUACUGAUACAGAAUGCAAAGGAGAACAGAAUGAAACAGAAUAUUCUAAAUAUUUGCAUUCUAGUAGUUUGUGCACUUCAGUUUUGUCUCCCAUUAAGCAUAAUGCUAUUUUAUCAGAAGGACAGGAUGCUAAUAUACCUAGAGACUAUUGUGAAACACCCAAAGUUGCUAAAAAAGACUCAACACUCCGCAGAAGGUUACUUGUAUCUAAAGCAGCAUCUGUUGGUACAUUGGGAUUUUCUGAAAAGCAGCUGUCAUCUUCAGGGAAUAAUAAGAAAAAAACAAGUUUAGCUCAUUUCCUUAGCGUUGAUGAAAGGAUAUCAAAGCAUGCUUUGGAUUCUCCAAAAGAGAAAAGCUAUAAGCCUUUGGCUACCAGUACUCUAAAAAUUGAAGAAUCUAAUUCUGACUGUCAGAAACUGAGGUUUAUGUUCUCCCAGCAAAGGACUUCUACAAUAGAUGAUUCAAAACCUAAAGGCAGCUUGUCAGAACCAGGUGGUUUAUCACCAAUCCAGUCCAAAUCUUUUACAAUCACUCCUAAUGUUUUAACUGAAAGUGCACAUGUAUGUUUUAGUAAUCAGAGUUCAGGGUUAAUCAGAACUUCACAAUCUUCAUUAUUUAUUAUAAGUGAUGACAAAUUUAUCACACCCAUCAACAAUCUUGUUGAAAGAUUUAAUCUUAAUACAUCCGAAACAAAUACACCAUCUGCUAAAGAAAUAAGUGACUUGAGCUUGUUAACUUCUGAUACCAGUAGCUAUAAUUCAUUUGGGUCUGAUAAAUCAGAAGAAUCCUUGUCAGAUCAUGAGGGAUCCUUCCAAGAAUUACUUCAAAAAUGUAAUGAAUCUUCCAGUAAUCUAAAUUCUAAAAGAAAGGUAAGAAAACUACAGCGCUCAAGAAGAUUAUCCACUCUCUCAGAAUGUGGGUCACAAUCCGAAAAAGAGGAAGAUUACAAUACAGCUGCUAAUUCAAAACUCAAACAAAAAGUAGAUGAUUUUACCAAUGAAGACAAUGAAUUAGUUUUUAAAGAAGAUGAAAGUAAAUGCAUGGCUCCAAAUUUUGGAAAUCUCUCAAAAACUCCGGCUUUGCAAGUCAUUCAUGAGAUCUUUAUGCAAAAUAAGAAUAAAAGAGCAGACAAAAAAGAUUUACUGAAGAAAUUUGAUGGUGAUAAUUUAUCUGUGUUAAAAUAUAUUGUUGCUCAACUAAUUGGCAAGAAAAUGGGAAUAGAAAAAUUAGAUAUCUUAACAGAAUUAAAAGACAGAGACUUAAAACAUAUUCUUGCUAUGAUUUUAGACAUUCUGAAUGUAGAAAGCUUAUACAGUAUGUGGAAAGUAAGCAGAAACUGGCGAGAAAUUGUUGUACAUGAUAAGCAUGCGAAUCGGAGGCGGAAGUUGUAUAUAAAACAGCUAAGAGUAGAUGCUAAGGGAUGCCUAUUGGACACUGAAAAUGCUGCUAGUAAAUUUAUGGUAACUAGAUUUGCACUACGACCAGUCCAGGCUCAAGCAAAAUCUGUGGUAUUACAAAUGCACUCAUCAUGCAAAGAAUCUUUGACACCAAUACAAUGUAGCCCUAAUUUUCAAUCAAGGAGCAAGCAAGAAGCAUAUAUAAAGGUUGCGCAAACUCUUUUCAGUGAUGAAGCUUUAAAACCCUGUCCAAGAUGUCAGUGUCCUGCUAAAUAUCAGUCCUUAAAAAAACGUGGACUCUGUAGCCGGGAAGAUUGUGCAUUUGAUUUUUGUGUUUUAUGUCUAUGUGCCUUCCAUGGAUCUAGAGAUUGUAGCAGUUUAUCUUCUAUGCGGCAAAGUAAAAAAGAGGCUCUUCCAGGAAGUGCAAAAAGCAAGAGAAAUUUAAAACGACUCUAAGCUUCUUGGAGUGAAUAGAAUCAAGUGUGUCAUCCCCUACCCCUAAUUUUAUAUACCAUAUAUAUAUAUAUGUAUAGAUAACACUUUUUAAUAAUUAUGUAUUUUGAAAGUAUUACUUUGACCACAAAUCAAGUCGAUAAUUUAAUUCUUUGUAUCAA